CUUCUUCCAGAAGCAUCCUAACGCCAUCCGUCAUGUCACCUCGAUAGGCUGCAGAAAUAGUAUCCAUUCCGUUAGCACGCAACCCCCGUUGCUUGGUUGACUUACUUGUCUCUGUCACCUUCGUGUUGUCCCUUGUUAUCCCGCGGUACGCACUUGUUGUUGUGUCUUAGACUGAGAGGCGUGUUUGCGUACUUGUUAGAAGCUAUGAUUGAAGUGGUGCUCAACGACCGGUUAGGGAAGAAGAUACGCGUGAAGUGUAACGAGGAUGACACUAUCGGGGACCUGAAGAAGCUGGUCGCGGCGCAGACGGGCACGCGGCCGGAGAAGAUUCGGAUUCAGAAGUGGUACAACAUCUAUAAGGACCACAUCACGCUCGGCGACUAUGAGAUUCACGACGGCAUGGGUCUCGAGCUGUACUACAACUAAUUGAAGCGAUGGCGAUGAAGCUGCGCGACAUGGGGCUCGAGCUGUAUAACAACUAGUCGCCUCUUGUUUCGCCGCGCGAUUCGUUUUAACGAAGCAGUUCCGUCGUUCUGCUGCUGACCGGCGAUUUAGGUUUUCGCCACGCUGCGGCUUCCAUGGUUCGAAGUUGUAUAUUUGCACUAGAAAGGUGCCAGCCACGUCGUUCCUUAACGGGUUUUCAGUGCUGCGUUUCUUCGGAAUGAGGUGCUGGCGUUUCUAUGGCUGCCUUCGCUGCACGUUUCUUGCUUUAGUACCUUUUUUUAUGAGGAAGCGCUAUUCCUUGCUGCUGGGAUCCUUUUUUGCUCCAUCUCACCACAUGCAUUCACGUGAACAGUACCAGAUCACUACUCAAGGAACCCUCUAUUGA